AUGGCUGGUGGUGAAGAGGAGUACAAGGUUGAAUUGCAUAAAGUUGUUUUAGUUGGCGACGGUGGUGUUGGAAAAUCUGCGAUAACCAUUCAAUUGACACAAGGGCAUUUUAUAGUUGAUUAUGAUCCGACAAUUGAAAACUGUUACCGAAAAACACUUACUGUCGACAAUAGAAUUUGUGUGUUGGACAUUUUGGAUACAGCUGGACAAGAAGAAUACGCAAGUAUGCUUGAUCAAUACUUCAGAAACGGGCAUGGCUUUCUUAUCGUUUAUAGUGUCACUGAUAGAAACAGUUUUGAGAGUAUCAAAAAUUAUCAAAGCAAAAUACUGAGGGUGAAAGAGACACCAACCUUCCCGAUUGUCUUUGUCGCGAACAAAGUCGACUUAGUGAAGGAUAGAGACGUCUCUGAAAAGGAAGGAAAAGAGAAAGCAGCUGAGCUAAAAGUUGAAUACAUUGAGACAUCUGCGAAAAACAAACUUAAUAUUGAAGAGGCGUUUUAUACCCUUGUUAGGUGUAUUAGAAAGCAAGAGUCUUCUUCUGACAAAGGUGAGGCUGAUGGUAAAAAGGUGAAAGAAAAAAAGAAGAAAGGGUGUUAUUUACUUUAA